CAGGGAAUGCAUCAGAUGAAUCAUUGGAAGACUGCGAUUUUUUUUACUCUAAGGCUGAUUUAGUAACUUCCAAACAGUUGGUGGAUUGGUUAAGUCAGUACUUUUGCUUUAAUAGGGACUUUUCAAGUGUUGGACAUCACCAACUUCCACAGGAUACAAAUGUCAUGCUGGGAUUGAGUGUGGCUCUUCUUUUGUGCUCUGGAGAGUGAGCUGCUUUCACUUUGUAAGUGGUGGGGGAAUGGAGCAGCUUGUACAUGUCUUCAGUCGUGAUAAGCAGAAUACUACCGCAACAACAUUACUUCUACUUGGAGUUGUUGAGAAGGCUACUCAGCAUUCUUUUGGAUGUGAAGGAUUUUUAGCUUGGUGGCCUCGUGAAGAUGAAAAUAUUCCAUCUGGUGUCAGUGAUGGUUACAGUAGAUUGUUGAAUUUGUUGUUGCAAAAACAGCGUCAUGACGUUGCUUCAUGUGCAACUUAUGUCCUUCAUCGCUUAAGAUUUUAUGAGGUUACUUCAAGAUUUGAGUGUGCAGCUUUGUCUGUAUUGGGAGGUCUCUCUACUGUUGGUAGGGUCACAAGUGAUACUUUGGACAUGCUUAUCUGUGCAAAAUCGCAACUUAAAAAGCUCUUGAAAUUGAUAACUUCACGUGGUCCAAUUGAAGAUCCUUCCCCCGUUGCUCGUGCAACCAGAAAAUUGAUUCUUGGUCAAACUGAAGGUUUGUUGUCAUAUAAAGCAUCCAGUAACUUGAUUGCUUCAUCAAAUUGUUGUUUCUCAAAUCGGGAUAUCGACUUGCAUUUGCUGGAUCUUCUCAAGUUAUAUCUUCCUCUUUGA